UUAAUGACUUUGGACUUCUGAUAAAACGUCAUGAAAAGCUGAAACUUUCUGACGUUCACCAAAGAUGUUAGAGGCCUAUCCUAAAGGGUUACGAAACAAAGUUGAAUAAAAAUUUCCAUGAUUUAGAGCAGUGUUAAUUUAGGAUACAAUGACAAGUUACGAAUUCACAAUAAAAUGUAGAAGAUGAUAUUCGUGUAUCUACUGUUUAAAUAAAAAGCACAAUGGAAUUUAUUGUGGGCGGGCUGGCCGGUGUAGGUGCUGGGUUCUUCAGUAACCCGUUUGAUGUGGUGAAGACUAGAAUGCAACUCCAAGGCGAGCUCCGUGCUAAGGGACAGCAUGCUGUAUAUUAUAAAAACAUACCUCAUGCUAUGUAUACUAUUGUUAAACAUGAUGGCCUCUCGUCCUUGCAGAAAGGUCUUGUACCGGCUUUAUGGUUUCAAUUAAUGGUCAACGGUGUACGGUUAGGUAUAUACCAAAAUGCAGAUAAUUUAGGCUACCUCAGAGAUGAGAAUGGGAAUACAAAAUUUUUAAACAGUUUGUUCUUUGGAUCCCUAUCUGGCUUAAGUGGUGGUUUUGUGGGCAGUCCCUUGCAGCUUGUAAAGACACAACUCAUGUCAUAUUCUUCAGAGAAAAUAGCUGUAGGAACCCAACAUGCCCACAAAGGACUUGUAUAUGCAUUAUCAAAGAUUUAUAGAAAGAAUGGCCUCGGUGGGCUGUGGAGAGGAGCACAUGGAAUGAUGUUGAGGAAUUCAAUGGGAUCAGCAUCACAGAUCUCUGCAUAUGCUGUAUGUAAGGAGUGGAUGGACGAUAAUAAUAUGUUCCAACAGUCAAAGUAUUUGUCGGCGUUUGUCGCUAGCAACAUAGGGGCAAUAGUCAAGACGGCAGUGUUGACCCCCAUGGACGUCAUCAUGACACGGCUGUACAAUCAAGCUGUUGACGCCGAAGGUCGUGGUGUACUCUAUUCAGGAAUAGCUGAUUGCGCUAGAAAAAUUACGAAAACGGAAGGUCUAUUAGCUUUCUACAAAGGCAUGGGCCCUUCGUAUUUGAGGCAGGCUCCUCAUACUGUACUCUUACUCGUCUUCUGGGAUAUGCUCAAGGAUCUACAGAAGAGUCUACAAUUAGAAAUAAGAAAAAUGGCCGCCAACAAAGAUGGAGUUGCCCGCGAUGUCACCGACAUGGCGAUGGGCGGAGUCUCUGCUAUGUUUGCAACACUGUUCACAAAUCCGCUAGAAGUAGUGAAGACCCGUCUGCAAUUGCAAGGGGAGUUAACAUCGAAAGGUCAGCACGUGAUGCAUUAUAAGAACGUACCGCAUGGACUGUUCGUUAUAGCAAGAAAUGAGGGUUUCGUAGCACUGCAGAGUGGACUGCCUGCCAUGUUGGGGUUUCAAUUCUUUUUAAACACUUUCAGAUUAGGUGUAUACAGAAUAUCAGAACGGCGGGGUCUGACGGCAGAUGUGAAUGGUCGGACUUCGGUGUUGAAGGGCGCUGCGGCGGCCGGCGUUGGAGGCGCGUUGGGAUCUAUCGCUGGUACGCCGUUCUUCCUCGUGAAGACCCGGCUUCAAGCACAGGCGGCGCGAGCCAUCGCAGUCGGGCACCAACACAAGCACUCCAGCACUUUUGGUGCUCUCGCUGAUAUUUAUUCUAGAGAAGGGUUUAAAGGUCUUUUCCGUGGCGUUUACCCCCAAAUCCCUCGGGGUGCGGUCGGUAGCAGCUCACAAAUGGUCAGCUUCGCAUACGCCAAGGAGUGGUUACGGGAGCGCAACUUUUUCACUGAAUCGCCAAUUAUGCUUUCAUUCAUUGGAGCGAACCUCGGUGGAAUAAUAAUGACGUUGUGCCUCAACCCGUUCGAUGUUGUGGCCACCAGAUUGUCUAACCAAGCGGUGGACGCGCAAAACCGCGGGCAAUUAUACAGCGGCAUGACAGAUUGCUUCAUAAAAAUGAUACGCACUGAAGGUGCGAGCUCUUUGUACAAAGGCGUUGGAGCUAACUACCUGAGACUGGGCCCACAUACUGUACUGCUACUAGUGUGCUGGGACCAACUGAAGAUACUAGAAGAUUACUUGAGGAAAUAGUACAUUACUUAUUUUAAAUUUAGUUGAUAUAAUAUGCAGUGUGAAAUUGAAAUUUUUAUGUUCUUUCUAAAGCAGUGAUUUUUUUUUUUUUAAUAGCAACACUUCUGAAUAUUGAUAGCCUAGUACAAAAACCAGGGGAAUUCAGCUUUCGAGAUACUGUGAGGGACUCUAAUCCCCUUAUUCAUAAAAAAAAUCCAUAACAUCUCAUAAACCUAUUUUAACUGUUAAACUGUUUUGUCAAUUUUUUUUUUAUUAUUCCUAAUUUGAAAGAAAGUGACAACACAGUGUGAUAGAUAAUACAGAUUUGCAAUAGGAUUUAGUUUUUAUGAAUAAGGGUGAAUCGUUAAUUAUCAACCGUACUUUUUUUGUAAAUUAUUUGUUUCCCUGGAUGAUAUUUAAAUGAAUUUUAAUUAUUUAUACUAUUUCGCUGAAUAUCAAGUGGUAUAUUCACUAUAACGACAAAAUACUACGUAUUAUGUAUUCUCUGACAACAACUCACUAUAACUCUAACUACCUUUUAUUACUAAAAUCAGAGUGUACUUAUUUUUACUUUUUUUAUAACGUGUUAUUAUAUGUAAUAGUAUUAAGUUAAAAUUUUUGAACAAACUUUUAUAAAUAUAUAAGUACUACAAAUUUUGUCUUUGAUAAUAAUAAAUUUACACUUUGUUAUUGAUUGUUAAAAGCAUUUUACAAACAUUUUAUAUAACUUUUAUAGUAGAAACCUAACUAAAAACAUUACCUUCAAGUCUAAUCUCUAAGAGAACAAUUUUGUGAAGUGCUCUGUCUUUGGUAACCAUUCCAACGAACAUUCGUGUGCUUCCUUGUAUUUUUUAUAUUUUUUUUUUUCUUUUAUUGUUGUUUUGUGUCGCUUCAUUAUUAUAUUGUCUAUGGUGUCAUUAUUUUUUGUGAUUCUGCUAGUCGCUUAAAACAAAUCUAUUUUCAUUAUAGCAACUCCAAUUUUUAUAUCUAUUUUUUUUUUAUAAAACUUAAAUAAUAAUGACAAUAAAAUAUAAAAGUUGUUGUUUUA